AAGGCAGAGGCUGAGCUUCCGGGUCGCCCUUCCCACGUGUGCAUUAUUUCGCAUCGGGGACCUGCGCGAGGAUGAAGUUCGCCUACAAGUUCUCCAACUUACUGGGCACAGUUUACCGACAUGGAAAUUUGAAUUUCACUCCAGAUGGGAACUCUCUGAUUAGUCCUGUGGGAAACAGAAUUACUGUCUUUGACUUGAAAAAUAACAAGUCUGAGACGCUGCCACUGGCAACCCGACGCAACGUGACAUGCGUGGGCCUUUCUCCAGAUGGAAACCUUGCUAUACUUGUUGAUGAAGAGGGAGUGGCCUUGCUUGUCAACUUGAUCAGUAAAGCUGUGAUUCACCAGUUCCACUUUCAGAAACCUGUGCAUAGUGUCUGCUUCUCUCCAAAUGGAAAAAAAUUUGUGGUCACAAAAGACAAGGUUGCUCUGAUGUACCAUGCCCCUGGGAAGAAACGAGAAUUUAACGCAUUUGUCCUCGACACAACUUACUAUGGUGCAUAUGAUGAAACAACAUGCAUAGACUGGACUGAUGAUUCAAAGUGCUUUGCAGUUGGCAGCAAGGAUAUGUCAACAUGGGUAUUUGGUGCAGAACGAUGGGCCAAUCUGAUUUAUUAUGCAUUAGGAGGUCAUAAGGAUUCCAUUGUUUCCUGCUUUUUUGAAGAAAACAGUCUAGAUCUGUAUACUGUUAGUCGAGAUGCUGCUUUGUGUGUGUGGCAGUGUGAUACGGAACUAAACGGCUUGAAACCUAGAAUGCCCAAACAACAAACUGAAGAGGAAUUGGCAAAAGACCAAGAGGAAGGGUUCACAGAAGAACAGCAGGGCAAAGAGGUUCAAGGGAAAGUCAAUGAAAGUGAACAAGGGCGUCAAAAGAAAGUGAAAUACUCAUGUGCUGCCAAGUAUUUUUUCAACAAAGAAGGAGAUUUUAACAAUCUGACAGCUGCAGCUUACCACAAGAAAACGCACCUGCUUGUCACUGGAUUUGCUUCUGGAAUUUUUCACCUCCAUGAGCUUCCAUACUUCAGCCUCAUCCAUUCUUUAAGCAUUUCAGACCAGAAGAUUGCAUCUAUUUCUAUCAAUAGUACAGGUGACUGGAUUGCUUUUGGAUGCUCAGGUCUGGGACAGCUCUUGGUGUGGGAAUGGCAAAGUGAGUCCUAUGUGUUGAAGCAGCAAGGUCACUUCAACAGUAUGGUGUCACUUGCAUAUUCCCCAGAUGGACAGUAUUUGGCAACUGGUGGGGAUGAUGGAAAGGUGAAGAUAUGGAACACCAGCAGUGGUUUCUGCUUUGUUACCUUUACAGAACAUACCAGCAGCAUAUCUGCUGUAACAUUUACCUCUUCAGGUUAUGUCAUUUUGAGUGCAUCUCUGGAUGGAACAGUGCGAGCAUUUGAUCUUCACAGAUACCGCAAUUUCCGCACUUUCACAUCCCCUCGACCAGCACAGUUCUCUUCCUUAGCUGUAGACAGCAGUGGUGAGAUAGUUUCAGCUGGUUCUCAGGACUCCUUUGAAGUAUUUGUGUGGUCCAUACAGAGUGGGCGACUCUUGGAUGUCUUAGCUGGCCAUGAAGGCCCCAUCAGUAGCCUGUGCUUUAACCCAAUGAAAUGUGUUCUAGCAAGUGGUUCUUGGGAUAAAACAGUCAGAUUGUGGGAUAUGCUGGAUAGCUGGAGGACCAAGGAAACCCUGUCACUGAAUUCAGAUGUGCUUGCUGUUGCAUUUUCCCCGGAUGGUAAUGAACUUGCAGUUGCUUCCUUGGAUGGACAGAUAACCUUCUGGGAUCAUGACAAUGCUGUGCAGACUGGAUCAAUUGAGGGAAGACAUGAUCUACAGAUGGGGAGAAAGGAACUGGACAAAAUAACAGCCAAGCAAGCUGCUAAGGGGAAAUCUUUUACUACUCUCUGUUACUCGGCUGAUGGGCAGUCCAUUCUGGCAGGAGGGUUGUCAAAGUUUGUUUGUAUUUAUCACAUCAAAGAGCAGAUUCUCAUGAAGAAAUUUGAGAUAUCUUGCAAUCUUUCCUUAGAUGCAAUGGAGGAGUUUCUGGAUCGCAGGAAAAUGACUGAAUUUGGAAGCAUGGCAUUAAUAGAUGAAGGAACUGGGGAUGAUGAUGGUGUGGCUAUCCCUCUUCCAGGGGUUAAAAGAGGUGACAUGAGUUCUCGACAUUUUAAACCAGAGAUAAGAGUGGCUUGCCUCCGCUUCUCUCCUACUGGUCGAAGCUGGGCAGCAACAACUACGGAAGGCCUUCUGAUCUACUCAUUGGACUCUGGUCUGGUCUUUGAUCCAUUUGACUUGGAAAUUGGUAUUACCCCCAGUAAUGUUCACAGAGUACUACAUCAGAAGGAGUAUGUCAAAGCAAUUGUCAUGGCUUUUCGACUGAAUGAGAAGAAACUAAUUCAGGAAGUCUUGGAAACUGUGCCCUGUAAUGAUAUUGAGGUAAUCUGCUCAUCACUCCCAGAACUAUACAUAGAAAAGUUGCUGGAAUUUUUAGCCUCUUCCUUUGAGAGAUCUCGUCACUUGGAAUUCUACCUCUUGUGGACUCAGAAACUGCUUAUGUUGCACGGGUGCAACUUAAAAACAAGGUCAGGGAAACUGCUGCCUACCAUUCACUUUCUUCAGAAGAGCAUUCAGCGUCACUUUGAAGAUGUUUCCAAACUUUGUGACUGGAAUUGCUAUAACAUGAAAUAUAUUCUGGCUAUUUCACAACAACGGGGUAUAAAACGUACAGCAGAAGAAUCUGAAAAUGGAGAUCUGCAGUAUUUGGAAGAGUCCAGUAAUGAUUCCUUCAUAGAAGAAUCAGUUGUGCUUUCAUGAAAACUUAUUUUAUUAAUUGUUGAAGACUUUUAAAAAAUUCAUAGUAAUUUAAAAGGUGAACUGAACACUCCUCAUAGUGACUUAUUUUAUGCAAAUGAUACAGAUUUGCAGCACCUUGAUUGAACAAAGAGGGAGUUCUCCUGACUCCUAAGUUAUCUUGUAUUCUUGUAUUCUUCUGAAUGUGCAAAAUAACAAAACUAAUACAUAGACCAUUUGUCAAUCAAGUGAAGUGAAAGUAUAUAAUAGUGAAUCUAAAUAUUCCCAGGUAGUUUCCCAUUCACACUUGGGGUGGUGGUUGGGGAGAGGUGUUAAGCGGCUUCCUUCUGUUUUCCAGUGGCAGCUCCUGGUGUGCCCCCAAAGUUGGGAAUCUUCCAAAACUGCGUAAGGGGCAGCUGGUUGAAGAAAACAUCUCCUUAUCCCUUGUUUUCAAGUGCUUUCUGCUAAUAUGUGGGGAGUGGACUGGAUCUCAGGCAAGGCUCUUCCUUUUACAUGUUUUAUCUAAUGUCACAGUAUGGAAAUCAUAUUGUAACUUGUCCAUGCUUCUCUCAACUGAUAGGAAAGAUUAGUGAUUAUCAACAAUAAACAGAAGGGAAAGGCCAGUCCGGAAGCUCAUUAUUCCCUUCCUUCAAAUUCUGAAGAGUUAGUUGGGCUGCUUUUCAUAUUGGGGUAUGCAUAAUGUGAUUCUCAAGAGUAUUUCAGUAAAUGUGUUCCUUAUUUGUGCAGUUUGAUUACCAAAGCAGAGGCGGGAGAAGAAAAUCUGGUAUUGUAUCUCUUAAGGUUACAUUAGUGUACUUUUUUUAAAAAAGUGGUAGUUUUUGUGCUGUCUGGCAGCCUGUCUAUCAAGCACAUCAGUUAUGUAGCCAAGCUGCUUAGGUUUUCAAAAGACUGGAAGAUCCAUGAGUCCAUUCUCCUAUGCACAAACGGAAUGUGCAAGAGACACUGCACCAAUGCUUCUCUAGAGGAACUUUUAUAGAUUGAUUUAGUAAAACAUGGUCUACUUUUUUAUAAAAUUAUUGUUUUUGAAAUGUAUGAUAUAAUCUGAAUGGGGUUUUUUAUAUAUGUCACAAGAGAGCUGUGGACUUGGGAGGGAAACACUCAAUUAUACAAUUGUACAUAUGUGCUCACUUUUUAUAAUUAAAGAA